CAGUCAGUUGUUGAGGUCAGAUUGUGUCGCGAGGCCAGAUGCGAUGCUGCUCAGUGUGUGUGUGUGACCACAGCCUGAACACACACCGUCCCGCUCCUCAGAAACACUCCUGAACUCCCUGAACCAGCAUCAUGGACCUGGACCCGACCGUCAUCAUCCCCGCCGUCCUCUUCACCGUCGUUGCCAUUUAUUUCGCCUCUUCUCUGCUCAGAAGGAAGCCCGACGGCUCCUCCUCCUCUGCGGAGAAAAAGAAGCCCAAAGUCGGCUACGGAGACGAUGCUCCUCCGUCCAGAGCGCUGGUCCCCCCGCGACCCGAGCCGCCCGCCCCGGCCGUGAGGAAGCAGCACGUCCCGGACUCUAAAGUUAAGGCUGCACCAGAACCAGCACCAGAACCAGUUCCAGAACCAGUUAAAGUACCAGAACCAGCUCCAGAACCAGUCAAAGUACCAGAACCAGCACCAGAACCAGUUAAAGUACCGGAACAAGAACCAGCUCCAGAACCAGUGAAAGUACCAGAACCAGUUAAAGUACUAGAACCAAUACCAGAGCCAGCACCAGAACCAGUUAAAGUACCAGAAUCAGUUAAAUUACCAGAACCAACACCAGCACCAGAACCAGUGAAAGUACCAGAACCAACACCAGCACCAGAACCUGUUCCAGAGCCAGUGAAAGUACCAGAGACUCUAGUAGAACCACCUGCAGAGCCAGAACCUGUUCCAGAGCCAGUAAAAGAGCAGACACCUGUCCCUGAACCAGUAAAAGAGCCAGAACCUGUUCCAGAGCCAGAGCCUGUUCCUGAACCAGCUGCAGCCCCAGAGCCUGAGCCUGAACCAGAGCCAGUAUCAGAGCCUGCUGUAGUCCCAGAACCAGAAUCUGUAACUGAACCUGAACCUGUUCCAGACACUGCUGCUGAACCAGAACCAGAACCAGUGGUGGAGCCUGAACCAGCACCUGAAGUGGUCCAACCAGAAAAAGCAGAGACAGUGGAGGAACCGAUCCCUGAGUCCACUGAACCUGUUGCAGAGGUGUCCAAAGAACCAGAACCAGAGGUUGUGCUGAAUGAUGUAGCUGCAGCGGAAGAUGAGGUGACGCCUGCUUCUGACAGAAAACCCAGCACGGUGAAGACUCUGGUGAUGAAGGAGGAGGUGGAGGAGGAGCAGAGGGUGCAGCAGGAGCAGCUGGCGGCCAUCUUUCAGCUGCUAAAGCAGAACCAGGAGGCAGUGGGGGAGGGGACGGAGGAAGACGUGGAGAAGCAUCUGAAGCUCUACUCCAUCUAAGACAAGACUCCAUCUUCAUCACCUCAUCUGGGAGUUACCAUGGCAACAGAAACAGCUGACUGACUUCCUGUGCGGGCUGGAUGUUCGCCUCUAAGAUCUCCAGCUGAGUCCAGUUCGUGCCUCCUGCUUCUCCUCAGGUCUGAACUCCACGAGUCCUCGUACUUCAGGACGAUCCUCGGCUCCAUGGUUUUAAACACAACAGAGAUCAGAUCAGAAAAUAAAUACAAUCAUAGUUUUAACUUCCUUUAACAUUUUGCUAAUUCUCAAACUGAAGUUUUAUCAACUGUUUGUUUCAUUUUACAACAAAUUAUUUUUUUUUAUAUUUUACAGCCAAAUAUUCCAACAGUUUUACUAAAAUGUAGCUGUUAUUUUUAUAUUUUAAAUAGUGAAUAAUUUUCUAAACUUUUCUUUUUUCUACAUUUAAUUCUGACUUGCAAACUUCUUUAAAAGUGAUAUUUUUAGCCUGAUGUGGGAACAGAGUGGUGUGUCUGUGAUAUUAAUCUCAUGUUUUACAUGUUUGCUGCUUGUUAGUUUUUCAGGUGGAACUCAGGUUCAUUGUUUCUCUUUUAUUCUAUUCUGUGGUGUUUUCUGUAAUAAAUAAAUAAAUAAAUAAAUACUUUUUUGCUUUUAA